AUGAACAAUACCGCCCCGUCCGAAUCAAUUGAUCUCGAAUUCUCUGAGCCUCUAACAGGAGACUCUUUCGCACUCUCCCAUACCUCUCUCAAUAUCAACAAUAUUAUGGACUCUGUCCGAGACAACGGAGCUGGCGCACUCGCAGUAUUUGUAGGAACCACUCGUGAUAACUUUAAUGGAAAACAAGUCACACGAUUAGAAUACGAGGCCUACUCCAAACUCGCAAUUAAAUCCAUGGCUAAAAUCGCCACGGAUGCUCGUAACCUAAAAGUCUCACCCCACGACUUUGGACCUACCUCUUUUACCCCUGCUCCAACCGACGCAGCAUCACUCACCCUAAUCGCAAUCCACCAUCGGCUCGGGGAAGUACCUGUCGGAGAAGCCUCGAUCGUGAUCGCAGUCACGUCCCCCCACAGACGCGAAUCCUUCUACGUUUGCGAAUGGAUUUUGGAGCAAAUAAAGAUGAAGACUCCUAUAUGGAAACGGGAGUGGUAUGCAGAGGGCGACCCGUCGAAUGAGGCGGUUUGGAAAGCAAACUUCCCUCCUCAAAAAGCAAAGUAA